GAAGAACAAGCGACCGUAACCGGAAGUGGUAUGUUGUAAACAACCGCGACUAACCUGUCUCAAAAUGUCUAUUGUUUUCGUCCCAAAGAAACUUCGCGGAAAAGCGAAAAUCAAUCAAGAAACAAUACAGAGGCUGCUGGAUGAAAACGACCAGUUAAUCAGGUGCAUCAGUGAGUACAUGCAGAAAGGACGAGCAGGGGAGUGUGUUCAAUACCAGCAGAUCCUGCAUCGAAACAUCGUCUAUCUGGCAACUAUAGCUGAUGCCAGCCCAGACACAACGCCCUCUUCUUCAAGUUCUACCUCCAGUGAAACCCUAGCACCUGCUGCGGAUGGACAUGGAAUGACGUGAUAAUGGCAGCCAUCUGUCAGUGCUGCUGGGAUUUGUUGUUUUUGUAUGUUGUUGGGAAUGUUUUUUACAUGACAAAACAGUUCUUGUAAAUAUGUCUUUUUUUCAGACAUAUUACUUCGCUGUUAUCAUCCAAGUUGUACAUAAAGGAGAAGUUUGCUGUUUUUAUUUGAAACUACCAUAUGAAAUAACUUCUUGCAGUGCAGUAGUUCAAUUUGUGACACAAUAUACAUUCUCAAAAACCCUUGAUGUAUUGAUUCAUCAUUUACUUCCAGAGUAGUUUUAGUUAUUACCACAGGUAAAUCUUUAUAGAGUGCACAAAAACUAACUGUUAUAUGGUAAAAUGUCACUUCAUUUUAAUGCACAUUAUGUUUGUAAAAGUUAAAUUGGA